GAGAGGGGGGGGGGAGGAGGAGGAGAGGAGGGGGACUCGCGUGUUGACUAGAGUCUGGGUUUUAUUUCAAAGGAGCGACUCCAGCACUCGCUACAAGAUGGACACUCUCGUCAAAGAGGGGCAACUUUAUGUCCAGCACCAGAAGUUCGGCAAGAAAUGGAAGAAGAACUGGUUUGUGCUCUAUCCUGCAAGUCAGAACGGAAUCGCACGGCUCGAGUUCUAUGAUUGCGGAGGCAGCAGCACUGAAAAACCAAGCACUAAAAAACUGGAUAAAAAGAUCAUCCGUCUCUCAGAGUGUAUCAGCAUCCUUCCUGCUGUUACUGAAACCUGCCCCAAAGACAACAUGGCUGCUUUCUGUGUGGAGACUAACGACAAGCUGCAUGUGUUUGCAGCCGAAAAGCACAUCACAACCGAGUGGGUGGAGAAGAUGUGUGAGAUUGCCUUUCAGGGAGGGAGUGGUUCUCUUGGUAUUCCAGACUCCAACGGACAACAGGAGCUUCAGAUGGCUGAGAACCUGAUCUAUUACUCCAGAGAGGAAGUCAAUGAAUUCUGGGUGAGUGUCCAAAAAACAGAAGCAUCUGAACGGUGUGGACUCCUGGGUAAUUACUGGCUUAAAGCAGAUGGAGAAAAUCUGAUACUGAAAGAUCCUAAGACUAAACGGAACCAACUAGUGUGGCCCUACAAACUUCUGCGUCGCUACGGACGAGACAGAGUAAUGUUCUCAUUCGAGGCUGGACGGCGCUGUGAGUCUGGUCCAGGGAACUUCACCUUCGAAACAAAGCAAGGCAACGAGAUCUUCCAGAUUGUUGAGAACGCAAUACGAGAACAGAAAGCCCAGGCCGAGGAACGACACCAGAGCUGUCCGUCAUUUGACGGCGACUGUCCCGCCCUGCAGCAGAUUCGUGCCGCCAUUGCUGAGGGGAACAGUCGAGAACCAGAUGGGGACUCUGGUGGCAGCAAGCCCGGAUCUGCAGAUGGUGUUAUCGGCCGAAGGGAAGGUGAAGGCAAGAAUUUAAAGGGCCGCAGCCUACCAGAGCCCCCACCACCUAUUACAAGCACACCGCCACGGUCUCCUAUGCCUCGUGGGCCAAAAGGUGGAUCUUUAAUGGAGGACCAAAUUAAUCUUUACUCAGAGCCUGCUGACUCCCUUCGAAUUCCACCGAAUCCUGGAGAUGGUCUUUAUUCUGACCCCAUAGACAGCAUCAAACCUACACCCACUCCUAACCCGAGGCUACGCCCACUCGGAGAUGAAGGGGGAGGCCGUCAUCCAGGCAACAAGGCUGAGCCAUUCUAUUCAGAUAUAUACGACCGGGUGACUCUUGACCUAACCCCAAGAACUGGAGCUUUGGGACUUGAUCCACGGGGCAGACGGCCUGCAGAAGGAACUGCAGCAGAGCACAUCUAUGAUGAACCUGAAGGAAGAGCAGGCCAUCCAGCAGGCCCGCCCGUUAUUACAUUGUACGAUGAGGCACGACUAGAGAACCAACCCUGGAGGAGUAGAGGACUUGAAGAACUUAAGGGUCACGAGGUGCCCUAUAAUCCCAGUUUUGAUGAUUAUAGCGUGCCUGCCUUUGCCAAGACAAGUCCUCCUCAGGCUAUGGCCCGGCCUAAAGGUCCGAAACCCCUCACAGCACCCAAACCCAAUAAGGGAGCACUUCCCCGGAAGGACCCGCCUCCACUGCCUCAAGGUAAAGCUGGAGCUAACUUAAACAACAACAAUAGCAGCACCAGUAACUAUUAUGGUGGUGAAGAAGGGACUAUAAAUGGAUGGGGUGUUGGCGGAAAAGUAAGCAAGCAGGUGGAGCUUUAUAGUAAAAUAUCUAAGCACAAGCCUCCAACCAAUGUUUGGCAUCCUGCCAUGCGAACACCAGACAUCAUUUACGACAACUUGGGCGACAUCUGACCCAAAAUAGUGACAACUCAUGCCUUCUGACUGCCUGACUUCUGACUUCCAGUGGCUCUCUUACAUGAUAUGAACUUGGUCCUAGGCAAUGUCAGGCGAGUCAGGUGAGUUCUCUGGAGUCAAAAAGACGGAAAGCCUUUCUUACUUGCCAGUGACUGAGGAAACAGAGCAAGUGUGCUGUUUAGUGUCAUCACAACAGACAAUGAACUGCGGUUGAUGAUGAUAAGUAACAGUGACACGGGGGAAUACCUUCAAAUUUGGAGGAAAGUGGAACUACAUAUUUUACAGAAAACAGAUGUGUCUUGUUAAACACAUUUUUACCUGUGGAUUAUCCAUAUGGUAUAAUUUCUAGAAUAUAUCACAAUUUUGCACUUAUUUUUUUACCUUUUUUCUUUUUUGUGAAUCAAAAUAAGUCUGUGACUUGUAUUUUAGAGACUGCAAAGCACUUAAAUGUCAGGAAAAACUGGAAGGCAAGGGAAUUUGUUGUCCUGUUGUCUUACAAUGCCUGACAAUUCACUCUUGGAUAGUCAUCGUUAAUAGAUUAUAUGGACAGUCGUUGCACACAUCUACGGUACAUUUUUUAUUGAGAUUCUAAAUGUAGCAAUUUACUAAUCCACUGCUAUGUGUGUGUUGAAGGAAGUCAGAAACAGCUGUGCUGUUUACAAUAUGAUGGAAAAUUAUGAUGAUAACAGUAAUAAAAAAAGAUUCAUAGGAAAUCAA